GUUCUUUCUCGGUUUUGAGAAAUUUCAUUGCCAGCUCCAUUGAAAUCCGUCGCUCUGUCAGCUUUACUCUGAACGCAAUUUCUUGCCGGAUUGCUUUCUGAAAUCCCCUUUUGAUGACCGCGUUGGACCCUCUGGAUACUUGAGAACGUACUUCGAAUCGCUCGGCACUACUAUGUGUGAUAUCAGUCUCGAAUUCGCCGGAGGAGCUGAACUCCUCUUCGAGAGUCGCAAGAAACAGAGUGUCUCCCUUCCACCGCAGGAUCGGCCCUGGACGAUAGACCUCCUGGUUAAAUGGCUCGCGAAGAAUCUCCUGAAAGGCAAUCCUGAGAUGUUCAUUCACGCGGACGGUAGUGGUGUUCGCCCUGGAAUUCUCGUGCUCAUCAAUGAAAUCGACUGGGAACUCCUGGGCGGCAAAGACUAUAGGAUCCAAAACAAUGACUCCAUACUCUUCGUGUCAACAUUGCACGGUGGCUGAACAGGCUCACCCUCACCUCCCCGUCCCCUCGUCUCCAUCGUUCCCGUCACUUUCAACGCUUCCAUGUUUAUAGUUUCUACCAUUUUCCCAAGCUGACUGAAUCCACCUCCCGAUCUCGGAUGUGGCUCAUGACCGCGUAACUCAUCAUCCAUGGAUUUCCCUUCUUAUCUCUACUGAGCGCCGAUCUCAAAAAUGCUCUAGUGUUUUCGUUGAGGUUUUCUCAAACCAAUAAUAAUCGAUUGAUUCUGAUCAAGCGGACCUGGAGAGCUUCCCACGGUGCUCAGCAUCGAGGAGGGACUCCGAAAGCUCCGAUGUCAGAGAUACCAUCCGAGCGGUAUCACCGCAAGAUGGCUGCUCCACUUUGGUGCGCGGUUUCGAUGAGUUCGGGUUGGUGCGUGGAACAGAUUCCAUUCCUCGGUUUGACUGGCCCUACCCCUUCAUACAUUCCCUCUCGCACAUUUCCAUGGGGAUUCCGUUCGAAGGAAAUCGCUUUCACCUCACGAGAAGAACAUCGAUCAGGGGAUUGGAACUGUCUCUGUCAAUCACACAUUUUUCGUUCAUUGCACCCGAAAAGAAAAACUCUCUAAUGCCCACUCCUCACGUAACGUCGAAGUCGCCUGGUCCCGGAGUCGGACGAGGAAUAUCGAAACGGCUAGAGCCAGGUGAUAAUCGGGGCACAGGGGUCAUAAGGCAAGCAUCAAUAAAUCUCAACGAGCACGCCUCAGAUACUUCACUGCGAUCGUACACCCAUGGGAUUUUCCGUUUGCGAUUGAGGAGAAUCAUCAUAAGCUGAGUUCGAAACGAAAUUUUCGCUGGGACGACGGGUCUGAUCCGUCCCUAGAUAUCGAGGCUACUCGAGGAAACAGGAUGGUGCCGGGGCCCCUACCCACAACAUUGCGAGACUCAGAAAGAAACUCGAGAUUGUACGAAACAGAAACUUAAGCGAACAGUGACUCUGGAGGACUCGCGAGAGAUGAUCUAGAAAUGAGCCCGGAAUUCCACCCAAGACGAUAUCGAUGUUCAUUCGGAGAUGAAGCCGUCACAAUUGGAGAAAUUCGGGGUUUCGAAAAAAAGCUGAUUGCGCAGGACAUAUUUUCCGCGGAACUCUCAUCGGAUCAGAAAGUUACUUUAGCGCGCUGAGGACUGCUUAAGCCUCACUCACUCAAUACAUUGGAAUGCAUAGAUCGUCGCUCACCUAACGAAGCUCAAGAGGCACGUGCGUACAGCUCAUUGAAUUUACGUUUGUCUGAAUAGCUUCCAGUUGUAUAUAUACUCGGUGAUUAUUAAAUGAAUGCGAAAUAAAAUGAGCAGAGCAAAGUGAAA